AUGGCGUCAGCUGUGAAGAGAAGGCGGCACAAUUUUUCCACCGAGGAAGUUUUAGCCCUCAUCACAGCGGUGCGGCAAAGAUGGCACACCAUCACAGGGCCGCUGUCAUCUUGCCUCACCGCUGCAGCCAAACAACGAGCUUGGGAAGCUGUGGUGGAGGAGGUCAACGCCGUGAGUGGGGUCGGGCGCAGCGUGGAGGAGUAUUGUACAGGUGGCGGCUCUGUACAAACGGACACCCUCACCGAUGCUGAGGAGGCCAAGGCGCAGGUGCUGGACCCUGCAGUUGUAGCGGGCACAGGAUCCGAUUUAGAAUCAGAUCCUCGUCCAACACCUUCUGUGUCCGCAGGGGCCACUUCUGCGGCACUUGCCGUAACACCCCAGCCCACACUGUGA